AUGGAUGAAGACUUUAAGACAAAGACACUUCAAAAUCCAUCAGACUCUACUCUUCAAAAUCCAUCAGAGACAUUACUUUCUAUUCAACUGUUAAAUUUCAAAACAAAUUUAUUGGAGGCAAUAGAAGAACUACGUAUAAGAAGGGAAACAGAGAUUCAUUAUGAAGAUCAAAUAAGUAAAAUUGUUGUUGAGAAACAGGAGCUUGAAUGGCAGAAGGAAGCUCUGCAGCAUCAGACAGACAUGUUGCAUCAACAAAACAAAGAAGCUGUGGCAGUCUUUAAAAAACAGUUGCAGGCAAGGGUGUUUGCCAUGGAAGAAGAAAAGGGAAAAUAUCAACUUGCUAUAGAAACAAAAGAAAAAGAAACUGAUGGACUGAAGGAAGCAUUAAAGGCGUUACAGAUUUCAAAAUACACUUUACAAAAGAAAUUGAAUGAAAUGGAUCAAAAAUUACAGAUGCACUUAACAGCAAAAGGGGAGCAUCAUAAGAAACUAAAUGAAGUUGAGAAGUGUUAUGCUACUAUUGCACAUCAGUUUGGAGUUGUGAAAGGGAUUCAUGGAAAAUUAGAGCACAGUGUACAGGAAGCAAUACAACUUAAUAAGAAAUUAACAUCAGUGAAUAAAAGACAAGAGACAGAAAUAAUUAAUUUGAAGGAAGAACUGAAGAAAGUAACUACAGACUUGAUAAGGUCCAAGGUCACUUCUCAGUACAGGGUGGGAGAAGAAAACAUCAAUCUUGCAGCCAAGGAAAAAGAGUUUCAAGCACUACAACAAAAAAUCAGAAUGGAGAUGGAAUUUAGUAAAAAACUUCAAGAAGAAAAUGCUCACAUUAAAGAAGAAAAGCUGGCAAUUCUCAGCUCUCUACAACAUGUGGAGAAGUUGCUUCAGCGAAUAACACAAACAAAUAUUAGAAUGGAAGAUGAAUUCAAGGCACUGAAAGAAGAAUAUCAGACCCUUGAAAGAGAUAAUGAGCUGCAAAGGGAGAAGGCGAAGGAAAAUGAAGAAAAGUUCCUUAAUCUUCAGAAUGAGCAUGAGAAGGCACUAAGAACUUGGAAGAAAGAUGAGGAAAAUAUGAGAAAAGAGAUAGCUGCUAUGAAAAAUGAGCUGAAUUCCCUUAAAGGAGUUUCUGGAUCUCUUGAAGAUUAUCAUUCUUCUCGGGAAAAUCAGUGUUCUGAUCAAGCAGAAAAUCUUCAGAUGCACUCAACACCUCAGCCCAUACCAGAGAACGGGCGUGGUCAAGAGCAAUCAAAAGACGGUGAAAUACAGGCUAUUCAGAAAGAGAAUGAAUGUAUACAACACAUAAGGAAAGAUGGUAUUUCUGGGCAUGAAGAAGAAGUUGGAAGAGAAAAUGCAAUGGACUGUCCAUUCCACUUGGACGAAGUGCAGAUAGAACAAAUUUUACAAGUUCUUGAAAACAGUUGCAAGGAUGAAGAUAAUGUUGCUAGCCCUCAUGAAGAAAAGCAAGGGGAGGUUUCUUCCCAGAAGAAUACCCUCGGCACAGGUACCGACCUAAUUACCCAAGGACAGGCCUGGGAAAUGUGUGUCACUGAGCGCAAAGCAGCAGAAAGUUUGGGAGCAAUCCCCAGAGCGCUGCUGCUGGAGGAGAAAGCAGGCUUAGAACACCAGCUCCCGGACAGCACCGAUCCGCCCUCAGCGCUUCGCACAGGGACUGCGAAGGCAUUUUCAGAUGGCAUCGACAUAGCAGGGGUUUGCCAAAAGGCUACAAGUCAGGAGACAAACCCCAGCAAGCAAGAGUUAGGCAGCGCCACAGACGAACGGGCUUGUGUUAAUGCAGGCAAAAAGACACGUACCCUACAAUGCACCACAAGUGCCCUUGUGCCUGAAGCACCCAGCAAAGAGUCUGCAGAGGCUCUUGGCACUGAGGAGAACGCUGCGCCCGAGAGAAGUGCAGGCAGUCAUCAAGCCAAGGAAUUAAAUGUUGGCAUCCUAUCUUAUACCAAAGGAGAUGAUCAGGCAGAAUACCAGGACUGUAGCUUGCUGGAUGGUGACAGUUGUGUAGAAAACGGACCAAAGGAAGCAGAAAAACAAAGGUUAAGUUUGAGUGAUUUACAUAUGGAUAAAUUUCUGUGUAAACAGAAACAUGUAGAUAUUGAAGGGAGACAUUGCGAUGAUAAUGCCAGAAACAUAAGCAGAAAUGCUGCUCUACUGAGUGUUGAUUUUUCAGCAGCCGAUGCUGCAAAUUUACCCACUCUUUAUGGUGAUACUGCAAGUGGUGAUGACAUUCUAGAAGAACGUAGCACUAAUAGGCCUCUUAAAGGUACUUUCAAUUUAUCUGCAAAAGCAGAUAGAGGAAUAAGUGUGAAUGACAUGCAGAGCAAGCAACCUGAACAAGCCAGUGCUGAGCAAACAGUCAGUGGUACAAAUAAAUGUGCUCUGAAUGUUGAAAAUCUAUCUACAGCAAAUGCUGACAAUCUUGAAAUAAUCAUUCAUAAGGAAACCUCAACAGACAGAAGUAGUACAGAUAAUCUAAUACCCUGUGAAAAUGUUAAUAACAAUACACACACAGUCAAAAAUGAACAUUCUUUGGAGAUUAAUGAUAAUUCAAUAAAUAAUGCACUGUUAAAAGAGAAAAAAGAUUCACUAAGUAGUACAGUUCCAGGAAGUAAGUUUGCUGAGGGUCACCUGAAAGAAUCAUGCUCUUUACCCAUGAGAACAUCUGGAAAUUUAGUAAACCUAAGUGGAAGGUCAUCCUUUGAUCUUUCAACCUUGGGUAAAAAAGCUGAGAAAACUCCAGUACACUUUAAGUUUUUAGAUCUCAGCUCUUGUUCAAGAGUAAAUCAAGUAAGAAGUCAAACAAUGUGGACUUCAGCUUCCAAAGAGCCUUCUCUUUCAAAAGAGGAACUACCAGUUCUGGCAGAAAGCAGAAAGGGUAUUUCAGAAACACUGUGUCAAAAUGUUGGUGAAAGUGUUGUCAGGAAAGAAAUGCAUCUAGAGACUAAAUUGCAGUUGUUACCAUUUCCUUUUUGUCAAUCAGGUUCCCCUAGUUUCAACAGAGCUGCCGACACUUUGAAUAUCUGUAGUAUCCACCAAGCCCCCCAGGGAGACCCUCGUGAGGAAUGGAAUGCUACAGCAAAGGCUUUUUAUGAUUCUUCUUUUCCCACAGAACAUGUAAGAGAAGGAUUUGAUGUUUUAAAGCAUGAGCAGAAGUCUUCACGUGUCGCUGUGACUCCAGGAAGUGAUGGUGCACUCCAAGACGAGGAAAGGUGUUCUACACAGAAGUUCAAUAUCAAAAGCCAAAUAGAAGAAAUAGAGAAGUUCCUGAAUUUGGAAAGACUUCAUUCAUCAAGAAAGAGAAAAUACGAAGAAAGCUGA